ACCGCUAAAUGGUGAAUAAACAGUUUAGGUUAUAAAAUGACAAAUCUAUCGUGUAAGAGAGGAUAAAUUUCGUUGUGUUGGAGUAAUCCAGAAAGUGUCAUGGUUCGGUGGAGGUAUUGUUUGGUGCUUGCGGUUCUUCUACUUCUGCCUUCAUUAAGUAAAUCACAAGAUGACGAUGAUGACGAAAGAAAAGAUGACUCUAGCGAUGGUGAUGAGAACGAUGAGGAUGAUGAUGAGGAUGAUACUAUAGCAGAAAAAGCUGAAGAGAGUAUCGGAAGGCGGGCACCAGCUAUACAGUUGCAUACAACCCAUACAAUACCAGUAACUAGAACGACCAAGAUGCGCCCAUUGGAAUGCUAUGUUUGCGCAUAUAAGUCUGAUACACCACUAAAGGCGUGUCUGGAUCCUACAAAAUACAGAGUUCAAACGAUUACGUGCCAUAGCGUUGAUGAUAAGUGCUCCACAUCUGUCAUAUCAAAGGGCAACACUUUUGAGGCCGUAGUACGAGGCUGUAAGUCGGGAUGUAUCGGUUCUCCCGAAACGACCUGCUGUGAUCUGAACCGUUGUAAUAAUCAAGCAUUCGCCAUACCAACUGUAGUGGCACCCAGAUCGCUAGUGCAAGAAAAUAAAUCUUCGAAGACUAUUCCGCCUUCAGUUCUGUUCUUUGUCACCAUUUUGUUGGUUUUACAGACGGUCGUUAAGGUCUCAUUUGUAUAAAGUAACAUGAAAAUAUAGAGAUGGAGAACAUACAUAUAGAAAAAGAAACCACACUUCAGUGACAAAGAAAAGUAGGAGCAACAUUGAUUUCCAAAGUUUUGCUAAAAGUUUUUAAAACGAAACGGCAACAGGAAAGUUCAUAGCUGCUGUUGCAUCACUAUAAGCGUACCUUAGUACACUGCGUAUCGCUUUCUUGCGGUUCGCCCGAAUCCUUAUGCUACAGUCAUACUUUUGUAUAUAAUCUUCUUUUACCAUCUUUAUUGUUUUGUGCGUCGCUUAAUAUUUUUUGGAAAAUUUAAGAUGGCCUCUUACUCGAAAUUAUAAGCUUGUAGUUGCCUACCCAUACAAAUAGGCUCUAGCUUUAAAAGCGACCGUGUAUACCUUAAGGUUUACCGACAUUUCUCGCGCAAGUGUUGACUCAUCGAUAUUUAAAUUUUACGAUCAAAAAUAUUUUAAUUACAUAAAAUUCUAAGUUAAGGCAAUCGUUUGUGAUGACUUUUGUAUAUUUUUUUGGUGGAUUGUUGUUAAUUAAAUUAUUAUUUU